UAACAACUUGGCUAUCAGGGAAUUUGAAUUCUAGUUCGGGUAGUAAAUUUAAAUAAUAACAGUGAUUAAAAACAAUCAAACAAGAUGGCUGCAGAUUUUAAGUACCAUUUAAUUGAAUGCUUGAAGAAUCAUAAAAUGGCGCAUCAGCAUCAGCAUCACAUGACUGUUUGUGAAAGCAACGCAAGUGUUGAUUUGCAAAUGUAUGAUAGAAAUAAUAAAAAGUGUUUCUCGGGAAUAAUAUCUGAACAAGAUGCAAUGGCUCAACUCGAAGCAGCUCUCGGUGCAUCAAGUAAUGAAGUUGAAAACAACCCAGCAAGACCAGAUGAUCCACAGAAGUUGCAAGAACUUGAACCGAUUCGCAGCCAAAGAAAUGAAUAUCAAGAGCAAGGAAAAAUAUUUACUAAUGGACAUGUCCCGCUGGCCAAUGAGAAGAAUAAAACUAUCGAUAAAGCCGGUUAUGAUUCUGUAAAGGCGAAGCUGGAUGAUCCCGCGUUCCGGACUCUGAACUGUGAAUCAAAAGAAAAAAAAAAUUUUUUUCUUUGGUAUUCUCAGUAGAGUUUACCUACAGUUU